AUGGCAUUUCCCACAUUAUUCCCAGAUGGAAAAGGUGAUCCAACUAACCAAAGUCUCUUGAGAGAUGUUCCUCUUCAAGAAAGAAUUAAACGUCUUUUAAAAUUUGCUGAACUCAUUUCUGGUAAAUGGGUGUACCGUUUUGCCAAUCAUCCUAGAUUUUCAUACUGGGCUUUUAAUAUGAUUCACAGAAAGGCGUAUCUUACAACAAAGUGGAAUAUUUCUCAAACAAAACCCGGUGAAGCACAUCUCACCAUUGAUGAGUUAAAAGAUAUGGCUAUGAGUAACAAUUCUGCUGCAUUAAUAUCUAAAGUGUCUAGGUAUGUUGGCAAUAUAGCUGGUAGAAAUGCUUACUGGAACAAAGUAAAAGAAGAAUUAAAAGCUAUUAUAACAAGUGUUGGAGCACCAACAUUGUUCUUUACUUUUUCAUCAGCAGAUAUGCAUUGGCCUGAAUUGCAUGCUUUGUUUGGAACAAAUACGGAAAUUAUUACCAGUGAGAUAAGGCGACAAAAUGUCAUUAACAAUCCACAUUUAGUCGACUGGUUUUUCACUCAGAGGCUAGAAAGCUUUGUCAAGUACUGGCUUUAUGACACCCUUGGUGCCAAGUGGCACUGGUUUAGAUAUGAAUACCAGGGUAGAGGUAGUAUCCAUUGUCAUGGUACUGCUAAACUAAAUAAUGAUCCAGGUUUGUGUGAACUUACUCAGACUGCUCUGAAAGGAUUCCUUGCCCAGAAAUUUAAAGAUGAGAAUGACUGUUCUGAUACAACAGAACUAGACCUGGAUAUUCACGCUGGUAAGAAAGCUGCUGACACAGCAUGUCAAUAUGUUGAUUGGCUAUUAUCAACUGUUAACCCAAAUCCACCAGAUGAGGACAUGUGGAUAAAACCUGAACUGCAUCCAUGUCAGAAACGUCAUAAUGACAUUCCACACUUUGAUGUACAAUCUGAUUAUGUAGAUCUUUUAAACAUGGUUCAAAGACACACUCGUUGUAGUACAGGCUACUGUUUAAGAAAAAAAUCUAAUGAAACUGAGUUGAAAUGUAGAUUUCACUUCCCAUUUGAACACUGUCCUCAGACAAAACUGCAAUUUGAAGAAGUUCACAGUAAAGGUGGUAAUGUACAAUAUAGAGCAAAGAUUGUUACUAGAAGAAACGAUUCAAGAUUGAAUAAUCACCAACAAUUGCAGCUGCAAGGUUGGAGAGCUAACUGUGAUAUUCAAGUAGUUAUUGAUCACUAUGCUUGUGUAGAAUAUCUUGCUAAAUAUGCUGCUAAAGGUGAACCAAGGUCUCCUCUGUUAAAACUAGCAUUUAACUCUAUUGUCAAGAAUGUUGACAAUAAUAGUGAUCCUCAUAAAGUUAUAAAGAAAGUAGUAAUGAAAACUCUUGGUGAAAGGGACUAUGCAGCUCAAGAAACAAUGCACCAUUUGUUAUCUUUGAAACUGCAUAGUUCAUCAUUCAAAGUGAUACCAGUGAGUCUCAAUGGUUCACGUAGGGUCCGUGACAAUGUAUUGAUAGAAGAUGGUGAUUCUUGCACUGAUGACUCACUUCUUGAUGUAUAUGCUAACCGUCAGCAAUACGACAGUUCAAGUGACAUUGCAAACAUGAACUUUGUACAAUUUGCUACAACAUACAAAGUUGUUAACAAUGAGUUAGUAAAACUACCAGACAAUGUUAUCCCAAGAAUAUUUCCUACUUACUCCAGCAACCCUAAAGGUCCAAACUUUGGACUGUAUUGCAAAUAUCAGCUUCUAAGGUACAAACCCUGGAGCACGACCCAAAACAAUGCAUGGGGUGACCAAGAACCAACUGAUGAGAUUCUAACUAAUCAUUUACAUGAAUUUUUGCAAACACCUUAUGCACAAACUCAUGUACCGGACUGGCUUGAUAAAUGGGAAACUGUUAUUCAAAGACGACAAGAACUAGAAGAUGAGCCUUGUGAAGAGCAAGGCAAUAUCAGAGACGAAUGGAUGAUUUUAUCUGAUCUUCACACACCAUUUGAGAGCUCUGUACAUGUACAAACACCAGAAUCAAUGUAUGAUUGGCACCAAGACAGAGCUCGGUAUUCUGAGCAACAAAUUCAGGAAAUGCCAACAUGGAUAAAAAUGAAAAAGGAUAACCAUAUUAUUGAUCAACAGUACGAAGUGGUAGAUACAAACAGUUUCAGUGAAAUGCAAGCACUCGCUUACAAUAUUGUUAAUACACAUUUUGUUAACAUCUCACCUGAUAAAGAGCCAUUAUUCCUUAUUGUUAUUGGCGUAGCCGGGACUGGUAAGAGUUAUCUUAUCAAUGCGAUUUGCAACCUUCUGCAAUGUAAAUGUGUAGUUACUGCCACAACUGGUAAGGCUGCAUUCAAUAUAAAAGGUAUUACUAUUCACUCAUUGCUGAAACUACCUAUUGGAUCACGAGGCAAAAAAGAUUUAACAGGCCAGUCUCUUUGUCAACUUCAGGAAAGUCUAAAUGAGGUUGAAUAUAUUAUUAUUGAUGAAUAUUCUAUGCUUGGUCAAGUAACAUUUGGCUGGGUGGAUAAACGUUCCAAACAGGCAACAGGAUGUUAUGAUAAAGUACUUGGAGGAAAAUCUGUAAUCCUAUUUGGUGACCCUGGACAAUUACCACCUGUAGCAGACAGCCACUUUAUCAUGCUAAGCCAUCAAAUUCUAUUG